AUGUAUUUUAGCGUUUACUUAUAUUUGCACUUAUACUUAUGCAUUUGUGCUAGCCGCUUACUUCAAGAUUAUGGUAUGGGUCAACCUCCUGAGGAGUUAUGUAUAUAUGUACUUACAUGGAAUGUAGGUGCUAGUUCGCCAGAGAAAACAAAUUUGGAUAGCUUGUUAUCACUUGAUGGAACAUCAAAUUGUCCGAAAAAAGAGCCGGAUAUAUUUGUGAUAGGACAACAAGAAGUCCAAGCAAGUGUAGCAAAACAAAUAAGUUGUUUAUUUACAAAUCAUCCAUGGACAGAUACAUUUAUUACAUAUUUAAAAGAUUAUGGUUACCAAAAGGUAUGUUCAAGAUUGAUGCAAGGUUUGCUAAUUAAUGUUUUUGCGAAAUCUGAACAUUUACCAUACAUCGAUAAUGUGGAGUCGCAGAAAACUGGAACUGGAUUAGGUGGGUUUUGGGGUAACAAGGGUGCUGUAAGUAUACGCAUGAAUCUCUAUAAUGGAAGUGUAACAUUCGUCAAUAUGCACUUGGCAGCACACGAUGGUAUGAUGGGAAAACGCCUCAAACAGUUUACAAAAAUUUUAUUAUAUCACAACUACAAAACUCUUCAUUAUAUAUUUGAUCACGACGUAGUCACUAUUCUCGGUGAUCUCAACUUUCGAAUUAAAGGCAUAGAUAAUUCUGAGUCCAUAAUUAAUAAAGUUAAAAAUAAAAAUCUUUAUGAGUUACUGGAACGUGACGAAUUACGCAUAUUAUUAGAACAUAAUAAAAUAUUUCAAUGUUUAAAUGAAGUUUGUCCUGAAUUUUCACCAACAUUCAAAUAUAAAGUUGGCACUCAAAGUUAUAACAGAAAGCGACGUCCAGCUUGGUGCGAUCGAAUAUUACACCGGGCGCUAGGUAAGCAGGCACGUUGUAUCGGAUUUCCCGUAGCCUAUGGAACUUUUUUAAAAGUGCAACAAUUAUCAUACAGAUCGCAUUGGAAAUACGUGCAAUCUGACCAUAAGCCAGUUUCAGCAGAAUUCUUAUAUAAAAUGGAAAGAACUAGCAAAUGCAAAUAUUUCAGUGCUGAGGGCGAUUAUAUACGACCGAUUGAUGAACUAUGAAUAUUUCUUCUACGGCAUGAUUAAUCCAUUUCAACAAGAAUGAAGCGGCACCACUCUUGUCACUGAAUUAUGCUUCAAUUAUUGCACCUGUUUCCAUUGGAAGAUACGAUUAAGAAAAUUGAAGAUCUUCAUUGACAUUUCAAAGCUUAUCAAUGUUAGGUAUGCAUAUAUAUAUUAUUAGCGAAACAUUUUGGAGAUGAGGAGAUCCCCACCACGACAUAUUAUUUUAUUUAAUUUAAUUAAC